CAAAGUUUCAUUUAUAUAUUUCUUCACAAAAGUGCAUGCAUUAGUAAAAGGGAAAAUAAAAUCACUUGAAGAAAGUAUUCUCUAACCUUUGUAACCAAGCUUUAGAUGCUUGUUUUAGAUUAUGGAGUGCUUUUUUUAGUUUUCAUGCAUGCCUUAGCUUCAUAUGAUCAUAAAAUUCCAUAGGUUGAUUAAUAUAUAUGAUGAAACCCUACUCUCUCACAGCAAUGUGAGAAUAACAGCACUCCAGAUAUGCAUAUCCUUUAUCUUUCUUGUAUGUAGUUACAUGUUGACUUUCUUCGUUCUUUGAUUCAUUACACUUAAUUCAGGUAUGGUUUGCACCAAUUCAAGAGAUUAUACAUUAGGCAUUCAAUAUAUAAGACUGGAGUGAGACUAAUUAGGCAUUUAAAUGUGUUGCAGGAUGUUGUUUGAAUUGCUUGUCCUAACAGGUGCACAAGUUGGGAUGGAUUGGACUUCUAUCUUAAGAAAAUGCCAUGAUUUUAGGGCUGCUUUCGACAGGUUUGAUGCAGAAAUCGUCGCCAACUUCACAAAAAGACAAAUAGCAUCAGUGGCCACAGAUUGCAACCUGGAUUUAAACAAGGUUCGAGGUGUCGUCAACAAUGCUAACAGAAUCCUCCAAGAUAAAUUUGACUUAGAUUUGAGUGUUCCACACAUCUCCUAUACUGUCGACGACAUGAUCAAGGAGCGGUUCAAGGAUUACCGCGGUAAGUUGUUUCAGGCUCUCGCUGCACGCUUACCCACCGAUGCCCCACCACCUCUGCUUUCAUCUUUAUUAUUUUUUGUAUUUUUGUUUAUGAUGUUAAACUUAUAUGUAUUUCUGCGUGAAUGAAUAUGAUGUGGAUAAGAUUGUUUGUGUUUGGAUGAAUGUA